AUGGUAAAUGAUCCAGUUGGUCAAUAUUUUGCAUUUGAUCAAGAUGGAGGCUCUUUAGGUCAACUCUCAACAUUAGUACAUAGAGGAUGUUAUAGUGUUUGGGGUAAUGUGAAGGAUGCAAUUUUGGAUCCUAAUGUCAAAAAUCUUUUCCAAAGUAUCAAUGGAAUGCAAUUUUAUCAUUACACGAAGAUAUAUAAAGAGUUGAAUAAUAUGGUUAACAAGGCAAUGACCCAUCUUGGACCAUUAGAUAUUAAAAGGGCUCUCCAAUCAUAUAAGGAAUUUGAGGGAGUCUCAACAUUGAUUGAUGUUGGAGGUGGUGUAGGAGAGACCUUAAAACUCAUUGUCUCUCAAUAUCAUUCAAUCAAAGGAGUUAACUUUGAUUUGCCACAAGUAGUUCGAGAUUUACCUCCUCAUCCAGAUAGGCAUGUGGAAGGAGAUAUGUUUGAAAGUGUUCCAACCGGUGAUGCCAUAUUUUUAAAGUUUGUAUGUCACAACUGGCCAGAUGAAGAAUGUGUGAAGUUUUUAAGUAAUUGUCACAAAGCUUUACCAAAACAUGGGAGGGUGAUUAUUUUCGACUAUGUGAGUCCAGAAGUCCCUAAUUCAAGCAAAAUCUCUAAGCAUACUAAUAAUAUUGACAACCUCAUGUUUUUUGUGACAACUGGAAAGGAAAGAAGUGAAGAAGAAUUCAAGAAUUUAUGUAUGAGAUCCGGAUUUUCCAAAUUUCAUGUUGCUGCCAAAGAUGAUGUAUCAGAAAUGUCAGGGGUUAUAGAAUUUUAUAAAUAAAAGUUAUUUAGUAGUAACUUGGUGGAAUCUCGAUCUCUUGUCAGGGGUUUUAUAAAAUUGUAAAAUAAUGAUGUGCUUGGUAUAUAAUAAGCACAACUAUGUCCAUGUUGGUCUUUUGUUUUUUGUUUUUUUGAAUUUUGUGUGUACUUGAUCUUGUUUUAAAAUGAUUUGG